AUGCUGAAUACGAAACCAUUAUUCGAGAAGGGAAUAAUUCGUAAUAGAAAAAUGCUAACGCAAUCGCAGUUCUCUCAGGUCCAAUUCUCAGCUAUCCUGAACAACUAUGUCAUCUUUUACAAUGUUGCUAAAGCGAUUAAUUUCGAUGAUCUUGCAGCAAUUCAACUGACCGACGACGGCGUGAAAGUGAUAGUAGAAUAUGCCAAAACCGUCCAAGCAACAGCAUACGUUAGAAAAAGUUGCUUUUCGGACUACAGACUUGUCGAUUUCAAGCGAAAGGUGAACUCUGACGAUGAAAAUGACGACAACGAACCGAUAGCCUCCUUUGGACUCGAUUUGAAGGCAUUCACUGAUUGUUUAAGUCUUUUUCUCGAAAGCGAAUAUGACUCGCACUUCAAAAUGGUAUACAAGGGCGAAGGAGCUCCACUGGUCGUCAUACUCGAACAGCACGGGGAAGAUAAUUUAACAACUGAAUGCUCAGUUAAGACCAUGGAAUCGUCGGAAGUGAUGGAUUUCGCAUUCGACGAGGAAGACAUUUGCAGUCAAGUUACAGUGGAUGGUAAUUUAUUUUUUGCUCUUUUGAACGAGCUGGACCGAGAGUGCGACGAGAUUGAGGUCUUCUUGUCGCCGGAUGAUCCCCGUUUCAAACUUUCCACAUUCGGUGAAAAUAGCGCGGAAUCAAACAUCGAGAUCACAGACAACGGUGAAUUGUUACUGUCUUUCCAUAGUACCGAGACCACCAUUCAUCGGUACAAGUUCUCACAUUUCAAAUUGAUUAUGAAUACAUUGGCGUUGGCGUCAAAAACUUCACUGCGCACCAAUAAAGACGGCCUACUCGGAGUGCAGGUAAUGAUCCAGAGCUCCGAUGACUUCCAAUUAUUUGUAGAAUACUUCAUCGUGCCUCUAUGUGAGUCCCACGAUACGUCGGACGAGGGAGUCGAUUAAAUCUCUUCAGGAAAUAAAAUUAGUUUCUCUGAGAUGUGAGUGAGUAUGCCGAAUUUCACCACAUAAAAAUAUCUACAUUUUUUCAACCUAAUUUUUAUAAAUUAUACUUGGUUUGCAUCAAUCUAUCAAUCAAACCGAGACACAGAAUUAGAGGGAUCGAUUUUUUCAAUAAAAAAAAAAUAAAAUAACAGUUUAUGUCAUUGGACAUUUAAAAUUCGAAGAAAUGAAAAUAUAUUCUUGAUUUGUACAGGCUCUUGUAAGGUAGCAUUUAAAAUUAU